AUGGUGGUUUUGCAUCUGUUAUCGUAUGUUGGAGGAUUGGCAGCUUUCCUUUUUGUCACUCUCUCCCUUGCUAGUGGAUUAUUAUGGUUGGCAGAAUUGAUAGAAGAGCACUCUAGAUAUGCCAAAUCAAUAGGUAUCCGAGCUAUUUACUCCAUCAUCAUCCUACACAUUCUACUAGCAAUAACAGACGGUCUUCCUCUCCUCCACAUCAUAUUCUCCAUCUUCUGUCAUAUCGUCUAUCUCCAAAACUUCUCCUCCACAUGGCCAUAUAUCUCAUUGACCAGUAUCAAAUUCAUUGCAUCGUGUUGUCUCGUCGUGGCCGACCACUUCAUAUGGUUCUUCCACUUUGCUGCAAAAGCUCAAGAAGCGAAACGAUUCCGAAAGCCCACGUAUAGGUAUGGGACGGGAGUCAAAGAGGUGGAUUCGGUGGCUUUCAUGGAUGUGGCAGCUUUCUUCGCAGUUUGCGUUUGGUUUGUGCCUCUGUUCUUGUUUUUGAGUCUGAGUGCGAAUGAUAAUGCUCUUCCUUCAUUUGAUCACUCUGCUCCACCCAGUCCCGCACAAAGCGCAGUAGAUCUCUCCAGUCCCGGAACAUACGCGACCCCAUCCCGAUCUCGUUCCCGUGUUCCCGCUUCCACCUCUCUAGUCAAAUCCAUCCUCAUGCCCAUCCUCUCCGUCCUCCCUACUAUCCGUCGUCGAGGAGCAAAAAACGAAGAAGGUAUCAUCGCCCCUCGUACUCCUGUCAGAGGAUCACCCCUUCAUUCUCCCAUUCAAAUGCCCCCAUCAUACUUCCCAUGGGGUGACGAUUCCGGGAGUUCCAGCUCUGCUUUCACAUCAUCUGGUCUUACCCCCGAUACAGGUAUUGGGAUCUCCAGACCUGGAUCUGCUAAUCGACCGCGCAACACCCCACCCCCACCGAGGAGGGUACAAAGCGAAGCGGUUGGAUGUGAAGAAACCUAUGGGAAGAGGAGCGGCAGGAAGGUUAAUCCCGCAAAGACCGGACAGUCCUAG